UCUGAGAGAAAACAUGCCUGGAACUGACAUACAAGUCUCUUCCUCCAUCGAACUCAGGGAUGAAACAUGGAAGAUCGAUCUUAAGACUGAUUGCGAUCACUGGUUUGUCUGCGACGAAAUCUGUUGCCAAUGCAAAUCGGCGGUGAGCAAUUCCAAGGCUCGACCUUUCCGGUACUUGGCGAAAGGAUUACAGCUAACCCACGAAGCCGUGGGGUUCAUAAAGCGAAAGAGGUCGGAAAUCUAUCUAGCCAAGAAGAAGCUUCACCUGGUUCUUGACUUGGACCACACGCUUGUCCAGACAUGUGAAAUCUGGAAGCUUUCGAGAGCAUGGAAGCAUCUGAUCGAAGAAGCGGAUUCAAGGGACGACCUGUGGAGGAUCUAUCUCGAGGACUCCGGCGAGAUUUUGGUAAAGUUGCGUCCUUUCGUACGCGAGUUCCUGCGCGAAGCAAGCGAGCUGUUCUCCAUGAACGUUUACACGAUGGCGGGCCCCACGUACGCCGAGAGGGUGGUGAAGCUGCUCGAUCCGAGCGGAGACUACUUCGGGAGACGAAUCAUUACCAGAAGAGACAGCUGUAACAAAAGGAAGAGCCUUGAUCUUGUCCUGGCGGAAGAACGGCACGUGGUUAUCGUGGACGACAGGAGGGGGGUGUGGCCUGAUCACGGCAGAAACUUGAUAAAGAUCAAUGGCUACGAUUACUUCAAAGAGAGUGAAAGAUGCAGAAUGGGUAAGAGAGAGAUCGAGGAGAGAGAGAAGGAUGGUGCAUUGGCGAGUGUCCUCGAGAAACUGGUGAAACUUCACGGAGAUAUCUUCGACGACGCAAAGGAAGAGAAGCUCCGUUCAAGAGACGUCAGAUCUCAUUGGGCGGCCCAAAACUGAAUAUUAGUGGGGCCCAUUGAAAUGGGGGGCAAAGGGCCUUUAUUAAAAAGAGGAUAAUAUUGUUGGUCCAAAGAGAUUUUAACCAA